AUGAGACCGUUCGAAAACGAGGGAACGAGCUCGCGGCUGCCGAUUGUGCGGCCGGCUACGCCGAACCAGAACCGACGCAGCAUGCGGUCGUCCAACCUGAUAGGCACGUCCACGUCGCCGGCGUCCAAACAGCAGCACUAUCCUCUAUCGUCCCCUUAUCAUUCGCAACACAACCCGCCCUCUCUGUCGACUCCGGGGUCUUUAGCGCAGAGCGACUCCACCGAAGCCGCGCAAGACGGGGCCCCAGCAUCCGGCGAGUCCGAUCUGCCGUUUUUCGACAAAGCCCGACAGUUUGAGUUCAUUGACCAUCUGGAUAGCAUACACAUGAAGCUGUUGAAGCUGAACGAGAUCCAUGAAUCGCUGACCAAUUUCAACGAGUCGUUUGGCUCGUUUUUGUUUGGCCUCAAUAUCAACGCAUGGUGCGUGAACUUUGAAGAGGCACCGACUCCAAAAACCUGGAACCAGAAACAGCAGCUGGACGAGAUCCAGACCAAGAUUGACUCUCUGCAAGCAGAGAUCGAGAAGCUGGAAAGAGAACGCAAAGACAGAACGAUCAUGCCUCCCCCAGGGCCUAGUAAAGCCGCGCAGACCAAAGAAACUCCCGCGAGACGAUCGUAUCUUCGAGGCAAUAGCCGCGCGGUUUCGAGCUCUACAAGGCGCCAGUCGUCGAUUCCGAAGCUUGUGAGAUCGCAUUCGUCGUCAUUGAACCAGACACCAAUACAAAAACCCGCCGCGACGCCCAGCAGCAGACUAAAUCUGUCCUCUGCGAAAAAGACCAACAUACGACCGGGAAGCUCGCAGGAGGACGAAAAAUGGCAGGUCAAGGGACGCAAACCUUUUAGAUGA